UGUCUCCCUCUCUCCACACGAACUGCCCAGGAGUGAGCAGCUGCUCCCGGUUGGCCCUGCCUGACGGACAGACACACCGACAGCCUGACAUCUUAGCCCACCAACUAACCAGCCUGCACCUGGCUGCUUCCCCCUCCCCAGGAACAUUCACCAUGAGUCCCCUGUGGCUACUCACCUUGCUGCUGGCCCUCAGCCAGGCCCUGCCCUUUGAGCAGAAGGGCUUCUGGGACUUCACCCUGGACGAUGGACUGCUCAUGAUGAAUGAUGAGGAGGCUUCAGGCUCAGACACGACCUCAGGUGUCCCUGACCUGGACUCUGUCACACCUACCUUCAGUGCCAUGUGUCCUUUCGGCUGCCACUGCCACCUGCGGGUUGUUCAGUGCUCCGACUUGGGUCUGAAGACUGUGCCCAAGGAAAUCUCACCUGACACCACACUGCUAGACCUGCAGAACAACGACAUCUCUGAGCUCCGCAAGGAUGACUUCAAAGGCCUUCAGCACCUCUAUGCCCUGGUCCUGGUAAACAAUAAGAUCUCCAAGAUCCAUGAGAAGGCCUUUAGCCCUUUGCGGAAACUGCAGAAACUCUACAUCUCCAAGAACCACCUGGUGGAGAUUCCUCCCAACCUGCCCAGCUCCCUGGUAGAGCUACGCAUCCAUGACAAUCGUAUCCGCAAAGUGCCCAAGGGCGUGUUCAGCGGGCUCCGGAACAUGAACUGCAUUGAGAUGGGUGGGAAUCCCCUGGAGAACAGCGGUUUUGAACCAGGAGCCUUUGAUGGCCUGAAGCUCAACUACCUGCGCAUCUCAGAGGCCAAGCUCACUGGCAUCCCCAAAGAUCUCCCUGAGACCCUGAAUGAACUUCACCUGGACCACAACAAAAUCCAGGCUAUCGAGUUGGAGGACCUACUUCGCUACUCCAAGCUGUACAGGCUGGGCUUAGGCCACAACCAGAUCCGAAUGAUUGAGAAUGGGAGCCUGAGUUUUCUGCCCACCCUGCGGGAACUCCAUUUGGACAACAAUAAGCUGUCCCGGGUGCCUGCUGGCCUCCCAGACCUCAAACUCCUCCAGGUGGUCUAUCUGCACUCCAACAACAUCACCAAGGUGGGCAUCAACGACUUUUGCCCCAUGGGCUUCGGAGUCAAGAGAGCCUACUAUAACGGCAUCAGCCUCUUCAACAACCCUGUGCCCUACUGGGAAGUGCAGCCAGCCACCUUCCGCUGCGUCACUGACCGCCUGGCCAUCCAGUUUGGAAAUUAUAAGAAGUAGAGGCAGUAGUAGCCACAAUGGUAGCCUUGGUGAGAGUCUCUGAGGAACAUAACCAGAUAGAUGUUCCACAGGGGAAGGGGAAGCAAAGAAGCAAAGCCCCCUCACCACACACACACACACACACACACACACACACACACACACACCUUUGUUCCCCAACACUAACUCACUGCCCCAGCUCAGCCUCCCCCGGCUCCCAAGCCUGCAUGUAUGCACAUGGCAUGGCCCUCUCGCCCGUUCCCCUCAGCUUUUGAGAUUUAACACUCACCUUCCAUGUACACUCAAAGACUCCCUAUAAAUCUUUCUUCUUGUCCAUUCUGACACCCAGCUGCCGGUGGCAGGAGGAGCUAGCAAGUGUGGACACAGAACACUACCACAGCUACUGUUCUCUCCAGACAUGUGUUCCUCUUCUUCCUCAUCAAUGUCUGUCUUGGACCCUACCUGCUGCCCUUGCCCUCUGGUGAUCCCGAGUUUACAACCUGUCCAUCCCAGGCAUUACCUGGCUCUACUAACUCCCAGAUCAGUCCUUCUCUCCAGCCCUGCCAUGCUUCCUUUUAGGGUAGUAGAUAUCUCCCCUGCCAUCUCUGGACCCCGUUCAUAUCUCUCUAGCUCUGUAUCUCUUUGCCUAGGUCUCUGUCUGUCUCUCUAUUUCUGUCUCUCUCUCUCACACACACAUACACACACACACACACACACACACACACACACACACACACACGCACACUGACCAUCCCCUAGGCUGCUUUCUGCUUCAUAGGUCUCUGACCAGGCCUUGCACAAACAAAUCUGUGGGCAACUAUCUCCGUGAUUGCCCUGCGCAGCACUUGACCCCCAGCCCUGGAGGAGGCUGGAAAGUAGAGGCCCAGAAUCCUGUCCAUAUUGUCCAGGAAGGGACCAUACUCUGCUACCAAGAUGAGGAGCAGGAAGCUUCAUAGACCCUGAAGAGGCUCAGCAGGCCACCAGAGCCUCUAGAACCAGUUUGCAUUGGCCCGUGCCUUCACCCCAAGAUGGCUAGGUCCCUUCCCCUCACCCCUGGGUCCCUGCUGAGGUAGGGGCUGGUGAGCAGUUGCACCCAGUUGGAGGGCGUGCUGCUUCUGAGGUCGGUUGUCUUUCAAUUAAAGAAACACUGUGCAAUA